CGUGGGACAAUCUAGAGAGUCCGGAGACGCCAGACACCGCAACAGAAUAAUUUCCAGCUACAAUUUCAUUUUCUCCCUGUUGUAGCUUGGAUUCAAUUCUGUGAAAAGCUACAACUUGCUUCAACAUGUCUCUCUCAAUACCGACCGCGCCCAACAGCGGCCUGUUCAAGCAGGGUUAUCAAAACUACGAUAGCGAAGAUGGAGCCGUCCUCCGAAACAUUGAUGCCUGCAGAACCAUCGCCCAGACGGUGCAGUCUUCCCUGGGUCCGCAUGGCCGCAACAAGAUUGUCAUCAACCACCUGCAGAAGAUGGUCCUGACCUCGGACGCUGCGACGAUAUUAAGAGAACUCGAUGUGGUGCAUCCGGCUGCCAAGCUUUUGGUCAUGGCCAGUCAGCAGCAGGAAGCUGAGAUGGGUGACGGAACAAAUCUCGUUAUUGUGUUGGCCGGCGAGCUUCUCCGAAAGGCAGAGGACCUUUUACGAAUGGGCCUAAAGUCGGCCGAUGUCAUGCAGGGCUACGAGAAGGCGCAGGAGUUUGCAUUGAAGGCUCUUGAAGAUCUCGAAGUCGAUAAAGUCACCGACAUGCGCUCCCAGUCCGAGCUCAGCAAAGCCAUCCGUACCGUCGUGGCCUCGAAACAAGCUGGCACCGAGGACCUCCUGGCGGACCUCGUCGCCGAGGCCGUUCUCGCCGUGCUUCCCAAGAACCCGGCCAACUUCAACGUCGACAACAUCCGCGUCGUGAAGAUUAUGGGCGGCAGCAUUGAGCAGAGCCGAGUAGUCAAAGGAAUGGUUUUCGGCCGAGAGCCCGACGGCUCCGUGAAGAAGGCGAAGAAGGCCAAGGUCGGCGUCUUCUCAUGCCCGAUCGACAUCAGCCAGACCGAGACCAAGGGCACCGUGCUGCUGAAGAACGCCCAAGAGAUGCUGGACUUCACCAAGGGCGAAGAAAGCCAGCUCGAGAGCGCCAUCAAGGAACUCUACGACUCCGGACUCCGCGUCGUUGUGGCCGGCGCCACCGUCGGCGAACUUGCCAUGCACUACCUCAACCGCUUCGGCAUUCUCGUGAUCAAGGUUCUCAGCAAAUUCGAGCUGCGCCGUCUGUGCCGCGUCGUGGGCGCCACCCCGCUCGCUCGCCUUGGCGCCCCCAUGCCCGACGAAAUGGGCAACGUCGAUGUUGUCGAGACCCUCGAGAUUGGCGGCGACCGCGUCACCGUCUUCCGCCAGGAAAGCGAAGCCACGCGCACUGCGACCCUCGUUAUUCGCGGCGCCACCCAGAACCAUCUCGACGACAUUGAGCGUGCCGUUGAUGACGGCGUCAACGUCGUCAAGGCCAUCACCCGCGACGCUCGCCUCGUCCCGGGCGCCGGCGCCACCGAAAUGCAGCUCAUCGAACGCAUCACCGCCUUUGGCGACAAGACUCCCGGCUUGCCCCAGUAUUCCAUCAAAAAGUACGCCGAAGCCUUCGAGGUCAUCCCCCGCACUCUUGCCGAGAGCGCUGGUCUCGACGCCACCGAGGUCUUGAGCAGACUGUACGCCGCCCACCACCACAAGCGCGAGGAUGCCUGGACUGCCGGUGUCGAUGUCGAGAACGACGACAGCACAGGCGUCCUCGAUGCCAAGGCUAACGGUAUCCUCGACCUCAUGGUCUCCAAGGCCUGGGCGAUCAAGCUCGCCACCGAAGCUGCCCGCACAGUCCUUGGCGUCGACCAGAUCAUCGUCGCGCGACAGGCUGGCGGUCCCAAACCCCCGGGUCCCAAUCCCAACUGGGACGAGGAUUAAACGAUUUCUAGCACGGGACGCAGGAGUGCUUUUGUCUAAAAAAAAAGAGAUUUGAUGUUUCAAGUAGCAUUAGGCAUGAUUUCACAGAAGGUUUUCUUCGAUUUUUUUUCACCCUUUUUUCACCCUUCCCCCUUUGUAUGUAUCGCUUCACUUAACAUCUGACAUACUCCGUAUUGCAUUACACAAUUCCUUCAAAAAUGAGAAUUGGCAAAUAAAUUCCAGCCAAUGGACUAUGCAUCAAAGAAUUGUCACGGGG